GGAUGGCAGUGAGCAUGGAGUUGCCAUGAAGUGCACAGGGAGAAACUUUUCUUGCCUUGACACUUUACUUGACGUUCACUAAUUAAGCAACACCAACAAGGAGCUUUUGGGGCUAGAAACUGACUGCAAAGUUAUGAGAGCAUCAACCUCCCGCUUAAGUUUUUCCUCAAGGGACCCUUUAUGGAACCGGAUGCCGGAUCAAAUAGCGGUGUCCGAGUUUCUCUCGGAGACGACGGAAGACUACAACUCCCCCACGACGUCCAGCUUCACGACCCGCCUCCAGAGCUGCAGGAACACCGUCAGUGUUUUAGAGGAGGCCUUGGAUCAAGACAGGACUUCACUGCAGAAGGUUAAGAAGUCUGUCAAAGCCAUCUACAGUUCUGGCCAAGAACACCUUCAGAAUGAGGAGACGUAUGCUCAGGCACUGGACAAGUUUGGCGGUAACUUCAUCAGCCAGGACAACGCUGACCUGGGAACAGCCUUUGUCAAGUUCUCCACUCUGACAAAGGAGCUCUCAUCCCUGCUCAAAAACCUGCUCCAGAGCCUGAAUCAUAAUGUCAUCUUCACACUGGACUCUCUGCUGAAAGGAGACCUAAAAGGCGUAAAGGGGGACCUGAAAAAACCAUUUGACAAAGCCUGGAAGGACUAUGAAACAAAGUUUACAAAGAUUGAAAAAGAAAAACGAGAGCACGCCAAGCAACAUGGCAUGAUCCGGACGGAGAUCACGGGGGCCGAGAUUGCAGAGGAAAUGGAGAAAGAGAGACGCCUUUUUCAGCUUCAGAUGUGUGAGUACCUGAUCAAGGUGAACGAGAUUAAGACGAAAAAAGGUGUCGACCUUCUCCAGAACCUGAUAAAGUAUUACCAUGUUCAGUGCAAUUUCUUCCAGGAUGGCUUGAAGACAGCUGAUAAGCUCAAGCAAUACAUUGAGAAGCUAGCUGCUGAUCUUUACAACAUAAAGCAAACUCAGGAUGAGGAGAAAAAGCAGCUCACAGCACUGAGGGAUCUGAUCAAGUCCUCCUUGCAGUCUGAGCAGAAGGAGGACUCGCAAAGCAAGCAGGGAGGCUACAGCAUGCACCAACUGCAGGGUAACAAGGAGUUUGGCAGUGAGAAGAGAGGAUAUCUGCUGAAGAAGAGUGAUGGGCUACGAAAGGUAUGGCAACGGAGGAAAUGCUCAGUGAAAGGAGGCAUUCUCACGAUCUCUCAUGCCACGUCAAACAGGCAGCCAGUCAAACUGAACCUACUCACAUGCCAGGUCAAGCCGAGCACUGAAGACCGCAAGUGCUUUGAUCUCAUUUCCCAUAAUCGCACAUAUCACUUUCAGGCUGAAGAUGAGCAGGAGUUUGUAAUCUGGAUCUCAGUGUUGACUAACAGCAAAGAGGAGGCGUUGAACAUGGCGUUUCGAGGCGAACAGACAGCAGGAGAAGACGGCCUGGAGGAUCUGACUAAAGCCAUCAUUGACGAUGUGCUGCGCAUACCUGGCAAUGAAGUUUGCUGUGACUGUGGUGCUGCAGAUCCCAGAUGGUUGUCGACUAACCUGGGCAUCCUGACAUGUAUUGAGUGUUCAGGCAUUCACAGGGAGAUGGGCGUGCAUAUCUCUCGCAUUCAGUCCAUGGAACUGGACAAAUUAGGAACCUCAGAACUCUUGCUGGCCAAGAAUGUUGGGAACAGUAAUUUUAAUGAGAUUAUGGAAGGAAAUCUUCCCUGCCCCUCUCCAAAGCCUACUCGAUCUAGUGAUAUGACCAUUCGCAAGGAGUUCAUAAACGCCAAAUAUAUGGAUCAUAAAUUUUCAAGGAAGACUUGCAGCUCUGCAGCGUUGAAGCUGAGUGAUCUGUAUGAUGCGGUGAGGUCACGUGACCUGCUGGCUCUCAUCCAAGUGUAUGCUGAUGGGGUGGAGAUCAUGGAGCCACUUCCUGAUGGAGGACAGGAGGGUGGAGAAACAGCGCUGCACUACGCCGUGAGGACUGCUGACCACACGUCACUGCAUCUGGUCGACUUUCUGGUUCAGAACAGUGGAAAUCUCGAUAAACAGACUGAGAGAGGAAACACAGCCCUGCACUAUUGCUGCAUCUAUGAAAAGCAUGAAUGCUUAAAAUUACUCCUGAGAGGCAAGCCUGCUACUGAUAUCACCAAUCACAAUGGAGAAACAGCACUGGAUGUGGCCAGGCGGAUGAGAAUCGACCAGUCUGCAGAGGCAUUGAUGCAGGCUGCAGAGGGGAAGUUUAAUCCAAAGGUUCAUGUGGAGUAUGACUGGAAUCUUCGACUGGAGGACAUGGAUGAGAGUGACGAUGAUCUUGACGACAAGCCAAGCCCAAUUAAGAAAGACCGGAGACCACAGAGUUUCUGUCACUCAUCCAGCCUGUCGCCUCAUGAUAAGCUCUCCCUCCCGGUUUUCUCUGGCCAGCGUGAUAAACCGCGCCUCUCCUAUGGCAUGUUCACCAAUCAGAUGUACAGCGUUUCCACGGACUGUCCCUCCUCUCCUGUUAGUGAUGCACCACCUCUACCACCCAGGAAUGCAGGAAAAGCUCCGCCAUCGUUGUCAUCCUCCCCGCUCUCCCCCGGCUCCCAGAUCCCUGCUAACAGCAGCUCCACAUUAUCCAAGAAGAGACCCCCACCCCCUCCCCCCGGCCACAAACGCACGCUGUCAGACCCCCCUACCCCACUCUCUCACUCCCCUGUGUGUAAAGGAAGUGACUCCACACCACCUCCAAUCAAUAAAAUGUCUCCCAUAACAAACCGGUUUGAAGGCAUACUCCAACAACAGAGCACAGCGUCAAGUACCACUAAAGCUACACUGGGCCCCAGGGUCCUUCCCACACUACCUCAAAAGUUUGUCCUGCGUAAGACAGAAACAAUUCACCACCCCCCAGUGGACAAACCCAGCCAGCCUCCAGAGCCAGUGCUGUUCCAGAAGUCUCCUCCAGGGUCAGACACACCACAGAAAGUCCCUUUACCUGAUAAACCCCAGCCAGGGGACCUCCAUCCUAAACCCCAGGUCUCAGAAUUACCACCUAAACCUGGAGAACUACCCCCAAAACCACAGCUCUUUGACCUGCCUCCAAAACCUCAGCUGGGAGACCUACCACCCAAACCUCAACUCAAAGACCUCCCACCCAAACCACUACUUUCUGAUCUCUCCAUCCCCAAACAUGGAGUCCCUGAACCUGCACACAAGCCCCCUCCUGGAGAGGUGGCUCACAAAUCUGAGCCCUGUGAUGAUAUGCCAGUGACUAAUCAACAAGCUGAACCAUCACCUCAGUUCACCCACUCCACCGAAGACACCAACGGGAGCCUGAAAUCUGGCCCAGAAACUCCAAUACCACUUCCGAGGAAAAUCAGUACAGGUAAGAUUAAACUGCGGCGAGUAAAGACCAUCUAUGACUGUCAGGCAGAUAAUGAUGAUGAGCUCACGUUUGUAGAGGGCGAGGUCAUUGUGGUAACAGGGGAGGAGGAUCAAGAGUGGUGGAUUGGACAUAUAGAAGGACAACCAGAGAGAAAAGGCGUUUUCCCCAUGUCCUUUGUUCAUAUCCUGUCUGACUGACACAUCAAUUACUGACCUGAGGCCCACAACCUUCCCACCUUGCUCAUCUCCUAUAAAGAGAAACCUGUAAAUAGCUGUUGGAACCUCCCUGGGACUUUAAAACAAGAACCAUGAAAAGAUGCAAAAACUGAAACCCCUUAUUAACUUCUUCCCCAACAGAGGUGCAGUGUGAAUGAUGAGUAUCUAGUUUCACCAGUGUUUCCAUUCCUGUUCAGCACAGCUGAAACUGCACCCAGCAGUUAGACACAUCCUUCAGUUCAGCUGUUUCUCCAAUGCUUUUGUAUAGGAUAACUGUACAUAUAUACACACAGGAGUUAGUGUUGUGUAAAUAUGCAAACCUGUGUUAAUGUGGCAGAAAGUAAAAUGUGUACACUUGUAUUCUGCCUGACACCAGUCCAUACCAGGGCCAGUACUGCACUAAUGCACAUGGAGCGGUGUUGGUAUUGUAUCUCAAAUGGCAUGGUGAUGGGCUGUAAUUGUUCAGGCUUAUUCCCCUACCACCUCUUUACAGACCACUCCAGUAUAUCCAGUGAUUAAAGUUAUCAGGAGUUAUGAGUUCAA